AUGUAUGGUGAUGGAGAGGGCCGUGUGUGGGACCGGGUCGGACGGCCCCACCGGGACUGUAUGUACUACCUUGGACCUCCUACCUUGAUGCCGAUCGGGAUGCGCAAGUCGCCCGACGUCAGCCCGAGAAGGCUUUCGGACAUCAGCCCUCAGCUCAGACAGCUCAAGUACCUGGUGGUGGACGAGGCCAUCAAAGAGGACCUCAAGUCCUCGCGCUCAUUUGAGGACAUCAACAGCGCGUCCAUAGAGGAGCGAAUAUUGCGAAUAACCGGCUAUUAUGGAUAUCAGCCUUGGAGUGGAAGCUACAAGAGAGAAGACCGCAUCAGGGAGAAUGUGGUGGGCACCACAGACGCACAGUCUGCUGGUGCUGCAGCCGGAGCGGAGUCCGGCUCCAACAGACGGAAGCUCCACUGCUGCAUCAGAGUAACAACCGUACAGGUGCAGAAGGCCCUGUGGGGAGUCGCCAUGGUGAUAUGUGUGUGCUCGUCCUGGGCAGGCUCUACUCAGCUGGCCAAGCUGACCUUUAAGCAGUUUGACGCCCCCUUCACCCUCACCUGGUUCGCCACUUCCUGGAACUGCCUCUUCUUCCCCCUCUACUACAUCGGCCAUGUGUGCAAGAGUCCAGAGAGGCAGACGCCCAGACAGAGAUUCAGGGAGUGCUGUAGGUUUUUCGGGGAUGAUGGACUGACACCCAAGGUGUUUUUGACCAAGAUAGCUCCCUUUGGCUUGCUGUGGAUCCUCACCAACUACCUGUACCUGCAGGCCCUCAGGAAGAUCAACACAACAGACGUGUCAGCGCUCUUCUGUUGUAACAAGGCCUUCGUCUUCCUGCUGUCUUGGAUUGUACUAAGAGACCGCUUCAUGGGGGUCAGGAUAGUAGCUGCUAUCUUGGCCAUAGCAGGCAUUGUAAUGAUGACCUAUGCUGAUGGAUUCCACAGCCACUCAGUCAUUGGCAUUACUUUGGUCGUGGCCUCUGCUUCGAUGUCAGCCCUCUACAAGGUGCUCUUCAAGAUGGUCCUGGGCAGUGCCAAAUUUGGAGAGGCUGCACUCUUUCUGAGCAUUGUUGGAAGCGCCAACUUUGUUUUCCUUAGCUUUGUUCCGGUCAUCCUGUAUUUUUCACAUGUGGAGUACAUCGGCUCACUUGGAGACAUCCCCUGGGCCUACCUCUGUGGGGUUGCAGGCCUGCAGUUUGCUUUCAACGUCCUGGUGAACUUUGGCAUUGCGAUAACAUACCCAACAUUAAUCUCCAUUGGCAUUGUCCUAAGUGUCCCUGUAAAUGCCAUGGUGGACCUCUACACAUGUGAAAUCAAUUUCAACACAGUGCGCCUCAUUGCUGUGUUCAUCAUUUUCCUGGGUUUCCUCAUGCUGCUGUUACCGGAGGACUGGGACCAGUGCAUCAUCCAGCUCAGCACAAAGCUGCGCAAACGUGACGAGCCAGCAGAGGGCAGUGGAGAGGUGGGCGCCACCACAGGGCUCAACUGGAGAGGGAGAGCCAGGACCUCCAUGUCAACAUUUGCACAUUGAUUCCAUGAAAUAUCACCAUGCAAACAUACACACAGAGAGAGACACAGGGAGGGAGACACGUUACCACCUCGAUGUCGGCACAUUUGACCUGCCCUCUCUUUCACGAAGCUCCCUGGAUGAAAAAAGUAUUUUAGACUACCCUCUUAUCAGUAACAUUUUGGUCAAGGGGGGAGAUGGCCAGGAGGCACAAAUUGUGUAUCAUUCAUUUGGCGUCCAUUCCACUUAGAAAUGAUCAGAGUUGGUGCAUGGACAUGGACAGUAUCAAUUGUAACCCCUCUUACCUAAAAGAUUAUCAGGUGUAGCUGAUGGAGUCAUGUAAUCAUUUAGUUGUACCUCCUUAUCAUUCCAUGGAUUCACUACAUUCUUGCGCCUGGGAAGACUUGCCAACUUGCCUGAUAUUUUUCAGUUUUGAGAAGAAAAAAAAAAAAACUUUUUCAAAGCAGGCCUAACACCACGUGGACUUGCUGUCUUUAACAUGUACACAUUUACACACCUUUGAGAUCCAAAGAAGAAUGCCUAAAAUGCUGAAUGCCUGAAAACAAAGGGGGCCCACAGUGGUGUCCCUCAGGUGUAAACAUAAAUGACAAAUACCUGCCUUUCAUGCAUUGUACAUAGCUGUGUCUCACGUUGUGCAUGUCCUGGAGCUGUGGACCCAAUGGGCUAAUCUGGUGUGAAGGGACCUGUCUGGACACCCGACGAUCAAUCUAGAGAUGAAGACGCUUUUCGCAACACCUCUCUUUGUUAACUCUGAGAAAAGAGGUCAGGUCCUUUUUGACCACACUGAUUGGCUCCCUGUGGUUAUGAGCUUUCCUGGGGCUAAACUCCCACUCUAGUCAAAGCUGACACCCAUUGCUCCGGCCCACAGUUAAGUCACGAGAGAUCCGGUAUCUCUAUUGCAUACGUUUUCAGUGCAUGAGAUGGUUCAAGUGCUUUCAGUCUAUUCAUAAAGCACUUGCCUCGCAUUUUCUGUUGCCGAGACACUGGCAGCAAACAAUACUGGUAAUACAUGAAUUUGCAGGACAUGUAUUGUCAUUCAAAUAUUAUAAAAUGUUGUUUUUUUAACUGUCCAUAAGACGGUCAAUUUUCACAAUUAAUGUUUCAGGUAUAACUAACAUAACAGCUUAUAAAAAGACAUCAUGGAAACUUGGAACUACCCCUUUAAUAACGUUAAACAUCGACCUAGUUAUCACUGAGCCUCCCUUUGAAUUCCUAUUACAUUUAACUUUCUAGACUUAAUAUCCACACAAACUAAUCUUCGGCAAUUAUCAGUUAACAUUUUUUUUCCUGGAGACAAUAACAGACAGUAGAUGAAAACUGUCUCACUGUGCAUUGAGGAGAAGUGAGCUGACACAUGAGAAUGGCUCCCAUUUGUCCACCUCGGCUCUUUGUCAAAAAAAAAAAAAUGUCUUAGUGUUUCUGUUUCCAUCAAUCACAUUUCUGAGGCAAGUUAACAACUUAGAUGAACCUGAGAGCGACCGAGGCACACGCCUUGUAAAGCGACUGGUGGAAACUCUGCCUUGUUGUGAAUGUAUGAACAUCACUUGACCACACAUGCUCGCUACGUGCCAUCUGUAUUUUACAGUGCCACUACAGACUGCUUCAGAGACACUCUUUAAUACUACUACUGUAUCCUUCUUGUUCUCACCUGACCGACGUUUUUUGGAACUAACUCUUGACGCAUCGCACAGGACUUUUUUAUAUUUUUGCAUUUGGUUGCUGUCUAACUUCGAGGGCACAGUGAGUGAAAUCUGCAGGACGAGCAUGCACAUGUACUGUAUGAGCAGAUACAGCUGAAGUCCACUUCACUGCCUUUUCUUUGUUUUGCAAUAGAAUACAUUAGCACUGUUUCCCAUUGUCAUGCUCUAUGACAAUAAAUUAUAAUAUUGUAUUCCUCUGGAAUUAUUGCUAGACAUAAAUGUAAACCUUUGUAAGGAAUGAUGAUUUUUACACUGAGAUGCAACAUAUGAUUAUCACAUUUGAGGAAGAAAUAUUUAGAGCGUGAAUAAAUGAUGGGUUUAUUAGAUCUUCUGUUGGGUGUCUUCAAGUGUAAUCACAUGUACUAUAUAAAAGAUUUCUUUUCAAUACA